AUGACAUCGUUUCCCAAGAAGAAGUGCGGUGUUCUUGGUGCCACCGGCUCGGUAGGCCAGAGGUUCAUUCUACUACUUGCGGACCACCCAUUAUUAGAGCUUCAUGCCGUUGGUGCUUCGGAGCGAUCUGCGGGGAAGAAAUACAAGGACGCAGUGCGAUGGAAGCAGAGCGCGGCAAUGUCUGAGAAGCUGAGCAAUCUGGUUCUGCGCAAUUGCAAGGCCGACCAAUUCAGUGACUGCGACCUCGUGUUUUCUGGUCUCAACAGUGAUAUUGCCGGUGACCUCGAGAUGGAAUUCAUCAAGGCUGAAAUUCCCGUCUUCUCGAAUGCGAAAAACUACCGGAAGCACCCCCAGGUCCCGCUCGUGGUUCCUACGGUAAACCCUGCCCACCUCGACCUCAUUCCUCACCAGCGAAAACAAUUCGGUCUGAACAAGGGCUUUUUGGUCUGCAAUUCCAACUGCGCUGUUAUCGGAAUUGUCAUCCCGUUUGCUGCUCUUCAGGCCAAAUUUGGGCCCGUUGAGGAAGUGGAGGUGUUCACUGAACAGGCUCUGUCCGGAGCUGGCUAUCCGGGCGUUUCCAGCAUGGACAUCUUGGACAACGUUAUCCCUUUCAUUAGCGGUGAGGAAGAUAAGCUGGAGAACGAGGCUCAGAAGAUCCUUGGUUCUUUGAACGCGGAUGCCACUGCUUUCGAUGAGCAACAGGGCCUUAGAAUUGGAGCUACUUGCACUAGGGUUGGCGUCACUGAUGGCCAUAUGGCAUUCGUUUCUCUGCGAUUUAAGAACCGCGACCAUCCACCCAGCGUCGAGCAAGUGGUGCAAGCCAUGAGAGAAUACCAAUCCGAGGCUCAAAAGCUUGGAUGCCCCUCUGCCCCAGCUGAGGCAAUUAAGGUGUUCGACGAGCCCGACAGACCGCAGCCAAGACUAGACCGAGAUAUUAACAAGGGCUACACCGUGAGCGUGGGUCGUGUGCGUGAAGGUAACCAAGGUGGUCAUUUCGAUAUUAGAUUCGCGGCUCUCUCGCACAACACCGUCAUCGGCGCUGCUGGGUCUUCGAUCCUGAACGCUGAAGUCGCAGUUAUCAAGGGAUACAUCUAG